UUAUAAUUUGUGCCUAAAAAGCUUCUUUCUGUUUUUGUUUUCAUGAAAAAUUGUUGUGUAUUUUUUUCUUUAAUUUUUCUUGCCCAGAAAAAUAAAUUCUAGAGGUAAUUUACAUCAUGGAUUCCUUCCGGAAAACGUCAGAAUGUGAAGAAGAAUCAAUGAUAAAUCGAACUAGAGACGACAUUGCGGCUACAACUGUCGAUACAGCAAAUAUAGUUUCAAUGACUCCAGGACCCCAUCAACAUCCACCACCGUCACCUCUUAGUGGAUGUUAUCUUCUUGUCGUGCUUCCAGAACCACAUGCCGCCCAACAUAAACCUUUUAUUCUCGAUAGACUUACCGAAGGAUUUUUGUCUUGGGAUAAAGAGAACUGCCACGUUGAUUUAGAAAAAGAAUUAGAGGCUUUAGUUACACAAUCACCUGAAGGUGAAGAAGCCAAAAAUGGUGAACGAUUGAUUCAGUAUGCGACAGAGAAUCUUGUUACAGAAAUUUUAAUUCAUCCACAAACUAAUACAUUACUUCAAUGUAUUAGGAAUCUUUUAGCAAGUUUUACAAAACACCGCCAUAUAAUUCAUGCCGGUUAUACAUUUGGUGAAAAUGGUUCCUGGAUACUGCAGGAUGGAACUUUUAGUCUUGCUGAUUUUUUGGAUGCAUUUAAUGAGCAUGAUGUACAGCGAGUACUUCGAGCUUAUGAAAAUAAUGUGACAAUAGAUAUAAACUGUGCUGGAAUCGGUGAAUGGUCAACGGAACGUUUAUCUCAAGAGCCUUGUACUAGGUUGUGUAGAAUCCGCUUAAACCCUAAUAACGUAUUAACAACUGGAACACCAUCAAUUGUCAGCUUUAUUAACUACAUUGAACAAUAUUUGGUAGCACAAACAUUAGAUCAGUUAAUGCAACCGUCUGAUGUAGUAGGUAAUAUUCGAUUUAGUCAUCCGACUCUUUAUGUCUUCCCUGGCGGUCAAGGUGAUGCAGCUCUUUUUGGUAUAAAUGGCUUCAAUAUGUUAGUCGACGGUGGUUUUGCUAGAAAGUCAUGCUUUUGGGACUUCACUCGACAUUUGGAUCGACUAGACGCUGUUCUCUUUACAAGAUUAAAUAACAGUAAUAUUGGUGGCAUGUCUAGCGUCCUUCGUAAAAAGAAAGAAACUCAAGUUUAUCCUCAAAUAGGACAUUUUUUUGGUAAUUUAAUAGAACGUAAAUACUCAAAUUUCCCUGACGAUAACAAAGACCGGGAUCCCCUUAUUAUCAGUCUCAUUGAUCUUGGACAAGAAAUGGUGAAUAAUUUAAAACACAUUAAUCUACGUCCUCACCUUUGCUAUAGAAAUCAAGAACCUAUUAAUCUUUAUCAUAAAGUAGGGCAUGGUACUUUGGAUAUGUAUAUUCUAAGUCCAUUAAAGGAUAGUACUGAAGUGAAAGAAUUUUUAUCUAAAUGGAAUGCUGCUGAUCAAAAGCUUUUUGCAGAUUCUCAUAAAAAAGAUUCAAAUAAUUUUACAUUCCCGAUUCAAAAUAUGAUAUCAAUAUGUGCUCUGUUAAUUUGGCAACCUGCAAACCUUGAUGAUUCUAUUACAAGGAUUUUUUUCCCUGGAAGCACACCACAGCAUAAAAUUUUUGAAGGUAUCGACCGUUUGAAACAUCUUGAAUUUUUGAAGUAUCCAACGUGUUCCGCCAAAACUUUAUCACCUGCUGUGUCAUUAGCUACAUUAAAAGAAAAAUCUACGAAACUUAAAACUAAUCAAAUAGAUAAAGAAACAAAGCGAACAAAUGAAAUUAAACACCCUAAACGUGAGUUGUCUGAAGUUAAAGCUUCAAAAUUAGACAAUCAAGCUCAAAAAUACGAGACAAGGGCUAAGAAAACAAGUGAUUUAGAAAAUAAGAAGAUUGAUGAUACAAAAGAAUAUUCUAAAACAGUAAUUGACAUAAAAGAGUCGAAAAAAAAUGAAAAAAAUAUCAAAGACUUAAAGAAAGAUUCAAAAAAAGAUGUUAAUAAAGAAGCUGAAAUUAUUAAAACAAAUGUAGAAGAUAAAAAUACAAUGAAUAAGGAGUUGAAAGGAAAGAUUGAACGGAAAAAACAUGAUUCUAAAGAUUCCAAAGACUCGAAAAUAGCACCACAAGUAUUAAAAGUUGAAAAUAAAUCCGAUUCUACCAAUAAGAAAUUAAAAAUAUCAACUUCAAAGAAACCAUUAAGUGGAUUAACAACUAAAUCUGAAAUUUCAAAACCUCCAGCUCCUAAAACGUCGAACAAACUUACCACAAAGCAAGUAUUUCCUCCUGCAAAAAGUGCUAAAGAUGCUAAUAAUCGAAAAGUCUUAGAGCAGAAAAAUAUAGAAAAAAUUAGCUCAAAACAAAAAGCGUCACCAGCAGUUGCUCCGGUUGAAAAAAAACCCGUUGUUCGACGCUCGAAACUUAUUGCUAGCCCAAGUAAAUCUCGAUUGUCGGGCAGCCCAGUAAAACAAUCCAAAAUUAGUUCAACGAUCUCGACUAAAUCAGAUAAAGAUGUAGUAAAAAAAAUUAAAAAUGAAAAGGAAACAACUGACUCAUCAACAGUAUCAACAUCAUCAGUUGUUGAAAUCGAUCCAACGAAAUUCGUUGAUAAAUGCUUAACUGAAAAAUCUGAAGAUAUGUCACUCGACUCAAUUGAGAACAAAGUUCUUGCUGAUCUUAAGGAAGAACGUCAAGUUAUAGAAGAAAUUGAAGCAGUGCUUCAAAAAGCCGAAAGAAUAGAGAAUACUCGGGAAAAUUUAGUGAAAGAAGGGCAUGAAAGUUUGGAGAUAAAAGAAAAAAAAGAAGAUAUAACUGAAGAUGAUGUGACCGCAGAAAUAGAUGAAAUAGCCAUAAAAUCAGUUUCUAGAAAAGCCAGCCCGGAACUUACUGAAGAAGAUGAAUAUUUAAUUAUUGAAAAAGAAGAAAUGUACACUGAAGAUUCUGCUCAUAGUGGAGAAACUGAACAUAAGCACUUUUUAGAUGUUGUUCAAUCAGAAAAAAAUCUUAUACAUGAAUCACUUAUUAAAGAAGAAGAGGCUGAAAACAUAAUUUUAAGUAAAGAAAAUGACAAAGAAGAAAAAGAAGAAGAAGAAGAUGAUGAUGAUGAUGAUGAUGAUGAUGAUGACGAUGAUGUCGAAGUUGAUGACGAUGAUGGUGAUGAUGAAGAUGAUGUCGAUAAUCAGGACUAUGGUGAUGAUGAUGAAAAUGAACAGAAAAAAGAAGAAGAGGAUAGAGAAUAUAGAGAGAAACAUGGAAUAAAAGAAAUUGCAGAACAUUAUGAAAUCGUAGAAAAAGAAGUUGCUGUUGAAAAAGGAAUUGUUGAAGAGCAAGAAAAAAGUGAUAUUCCUGAAAAAAAAUUGCAUGAUGAUUCUCAAGAUAGAGAAAAAGAACACCAAGAAAGCAAAAGUAUUUCUAUUUCUAAGCAUAAAGAAGAGUCAGAAGACAAAAAUAAAGAGAUUAUCACAUCAUCUACAAAAAUGAUUCCGAAAAAAGACAGUAAAGAUGCCUUAGAUAAAAAAGACAGUGAAAACAUAACCGAAGCUAUCAGGACAAGUCCAGAAAAAUUAGAUUCUUCUGAAAGAAAAGUAAUUAACGAUACUGAUGUCAAACAAGAAAUAGGAAAAGAGCCGCAAAUCAAAGAAAAAUUCGAAGAAUCUCUAGAAAGAGUAUCAACUAUGGAAUCUGGAGCCACAACAACAGCUCCCACCUUACCUGAGGAUGAACGAAUUUCUGUUGAAGGUAUGAAACAAGUUUCUACAGAUAUCAUUAAACAAGGAAUCGCAGAAGUAAAAAAAAUUGAAAUUCCUGCUAAAUCAAGGAUUAUUCCUUUAGCUACAAUGGAAGUUUCUGAAUUAAAGCCUGGUACUAAAGUAUUCACCUCUCAGCAAACUAUUCCAGCUCUGCCAAGAGAUAUUGUGAAGACUCCAGAUGAAGUUGCUGAUUUACCUGUACAUGAGGAAGUAGAUCCCAAACUUUACGAAAUAGACAAUUAUGAUACCAGUAAAGAAGGAAAAACUCAAUAUACUAAAGAAUCUGUUAUUUCAUCGAAAGAACCGAAAAACGUUUUAGGUUUCUUUAGUAAAGUUGCAGAUAAAUUUGAAAAAGGUAUUGAUAAAUUAACUGGAAAGUCUCGAAGAGAUUCUGAAAAAGACAUUGAUGAAAAAUCGUUAUCAAAAUCAGGCUCUCCGAAAGAAAGUGUCAAUAUAGAUGAAAUUUCCGCAGGAAUGAAGAUUGAAGAAGAACUUCAAUCGAAGCAAGAUGGAAAUAAUGUUGCAGUAAAGAAAACAAUUGAGACUAGCACAGAAAACAAAGAAAUCCAUAAAACUGAAGGAAUCCCAUUAAAAAUAGAUGAAAAAUCAGAUACCUCUGAUCAUGAACAAGCAAAUAAACUCGAUGAAAAUGUAGAAGGCGUCGAAGAUGUUGAGGCAUUAUUAGAAGAAGCAUCAAGGAAAUUCAAAACUGUAAAAGAUAGUCUGCGAGAUUCUUUAGAGUCAUUAGAAGAACAGAUAGUCCAAGAAGAAUUAAUAAAGACCGAGCUGGAAUAUGAUAGUAAUGAUGAAAUUGAAGGAAAGUUAAAUAAAGUAGUUGAAAAAUUGGAAGAAAUAAAACCGAAUGAAGAAAAUAUUACAACUGACAAAGAGGUAGAAAAAGUAAAGUUUGGAUUACCGAAAAGUGGUGAUUUUGAAGAUAAUGAACGAAGCGUUGACAUGAGUUCUGUUAAAAACAUUAAAGAAGCGGUAAAAGACGUUGGUGAAGUACUUGCUGGAACUGCUGGAAUAAUUAUUGAAGAUAAACCUAAGGAUGUUAUCGAAAUAGUCAAAAAAGUCGCUGAAGUACUCAAAGAAAAUGAUUUCCUUCCAGAUCAAGCUUUGUCUGCAGAAAAAUUGACAGCAGAAAUAAAGAAAGAUUCAGAAAUCAAAGAAUUAUGGCAAGAUCAUCAUGAUCAAACACCUGUCGCUUCAUCAUCAGUAAAAAGUAAAAACGAUGAUAAAUUAGAAGCAAAAUUAAUGUGUGCUGAUUUAUUAAAAGACGAUAUAGCAUUGAACUUGCAAACAAACAUAAGUGCUCUUAGUGAUACUCAAGACACGGAGUUAGAUGUUUUGAAAAAUGGAAUUGAAAGUGUAUGUAAAAAAGUGGAUGUAACGCUCCAAAAAGAUGGUAAGGAAUUAGUCAGUGGUAUAGUAACGUCAGAAAUCGCGUUUGAACAUAAAGUAAUACCUACAACUGCAGAAGUUGUCUUAGUUACACCAGAUUCAUUACCAACGUCACCUCAAUUUUCUGCUAAACUUCCAGAUCAAUAUAUCGAUAAAAGUCAGAUUGACAAGAGUUCAAUUGAAUCUUUUAUAACUGAAGACGUUAAAAAUAUUGUUAAUAAGAAAGUUGAUAUUUAUAAAAUAAUUGAAGAAUUAUUGUUAAUCUAUAAAAUAAAAAUUACUAUUCAAAUAUUAGAAUUUAUUUCCAUAGAAAAACAAAUUGUCAAACAAAAACUUAUUCAAAUCAUUAACCAAAUUAUUUCUCAGCAUAAUCUUUCACCAGGCAGUGCUGUUGAAAACAUUACAAUUUUGGAUUCUGAUAAGGAAACAUUAAGAGACGUUAAAGAGCAAGAAGUCGAAGAUUACAUUACUGAAAAAUAUCUUAAAAAUAAUAUUCCAAUUACUAAAAUGAUUUUGAACGAAAUUUCUAUAAAAUAUUCUUAUCCAAUUUACUCGGUAAUUAAAGUAAUCAAACAUAUAAUUAUUAUUUAUAAAGUUCCACUAUCUGAGAUUAUGAACAUCUCUGAACAAGUUUUAGAAGACUUAAUUCAAGAAAAUACUCAAAUUGAAGACGUGGACGUGGAUGAAAAGAAUCAAAUCGACGACAAAGAAAAACAUGAUAUUCAAUUUACUGAAUCUUUCAUAACAGACGAAGUUAAAUCUCAGAUUCUGGAUUAUUUCACAAAUGAAUAUAUUGCAAAGAACAAAAAUAUUGACAUUAGCGCUAUCGAAAGAAUUCAUCAUCAAUACCUCAUUUCAAAACGAGCUAUCAUGGAAAUUCUAGAUGAAUUAAUUAUAAGUAAAAAGUUACAAAAACAGUCAGUAGUCGAUAUUGCAGAAGUGGCGUGGAAUACUUUUGAAUCAAGCGAUGAAAUCGAAGACAUCUCAAAAAAUAUUACAAAAGAUAAGAUGAUUGUAAAAAUUGAAAGUGAUCCUUUGAUAGACUCAUCAGAUAAAAGUAAAUAUGCUACAUCUAUUGGAGAUCUAGACAAAUCUGAAUCCGAUGAUUUCGAGGCUGUAGAACAAGAAUACAAAUUGAAUACUAGUAUUGAUAAGAAUGAAAUUCAACAUCACGAAAAAGAAAGUACCAAAAGCAGUAUUGAUGAUGUCAUGGAAGCAGAUGAAAAAAUUAAUAUGAGUGGCCAAAAACCCGAAAACAUAAUAAAUAAAAAAAGUGAUUUAACAUCAGCUGCAUCGUCCAUAAUAAGUUCUACAUCUGGUCAAAAAAUCACAGCGGAAAGUGAAAACGAUAAGGAACAGGAAGUUAAAUCAUCAGCACGUUUAGAGUCAAUAGUAAUGAGUGAUAAAAUAACUUUACCAGAUUUUGGAAAAGAUUUAAUAGAAAAUGGAAAAUCAGUUUCUCCAAUAGAGCAUACUUCCAUUAAAAAGCAAGAUGAAAUACAAACUAAUGAAGGCGAAGAACAAGAUAGUCGUGACUCAGUAAUUUCACUAUCUGCUAAAUCAAGUCGAAAAACUAGUUUAACAGAACUUGAAGAAAAAGAAAGAGAUAAUAUUGAAUCACUCAUUACUUCGAUAAAUUUUUCACCGAAACAAGCGGAAAAAUCCCGAGAUUUUGAGAAAGGCCAAAUUCAAAGUAGCGAACAACCUUUAUCUCCAGCACAUUCUGUAUCAAGUGAUUCAAAAGAUUUAUUGAAAGAUAUAAAAGAUGAACAUGAAGAUUUUGCCUUGACAUCUUUUUCAACUGCUAUUUCACCUACUCAAAAAAAGAAUUUAGAAUUUAGUGAAAUCUCUGAAAGCGUAAAUCAGAAAAUAGAAAAUAAAAUAAAUAUUCAUGAAACUAUAGCAACAUCACAAGAUAGUAGCCGAAUUCGAAAAGAAAGUUUAACGGAUGCCCAGGUUGAAAAGAAACAAUCUGAUAAAGAACUUACACCACCAACAUCUUCAGUAAAUACCAAGGAAGACAUUUUAAGUGACGAAACUAAAGAUCAGACCGUAAAAGAGGAAUCAAGAAAACGUUCAAUAUCUACGUUGCCAUUAGAUGAUUUAAAUAAAGCCGAUAAUGAUCAAGAUGUAUUACAGGACGAAAAUAUAUCAUCAACGUUACCAAGUAGUAGUGCAGAUAAAGCUGAUGAUACUUACGAUAAAUUAAAAGAUGUUAAACUACUCCCAAAGUUACAAUCUCCAAUAUUAUCGCAAGAAACAACCAGUGUGAGUAAACAUACAGAAUAUGGUAAAGAUUCGACUGAAACUACAGUCUUAUCAACAAAUACCGUAAUUCAGACAGAGAGCUUAACAACAAAUGAAGAUGAAAAGCAACGAUCUGAUAGUGAGCUUAUAUCUCCAAAAUAUUCAGUAUGUGGUGAAAAAGACAUUUCACCAGACGAUGUUGGUGCAAGUGAAACAUCCAAAAAACUUAUAUUAUCGCCGUCACAACGAUCUGAGACUAAUAUAGCUGACAGUAAUAAAGAUAGGUCGAAAAUAAUAGAACCAUCCCCAGAAUCAAAAUCGUCGGUUCCGUCUGAUGAGACAAUAAAAGGAAGUAUGCAUGCUGAAGAUCAUAAAGAUGCUACUGAAAGUAGAGUGUCACCGCAAGACACCACAAGUCAACACGAAACUUUGAAAGAUAUGGAAAGUCAACACAGUAUGGAGCAUCAAUCGUUAUUAUCAUUAGUAUCUGAUGGAAAAGAUAGAUUGGUCAAUCAGCCUAACGAAAUUGAUAAUACAGAGAAAUCAAAAACACUUUCCUUAUCUCCUUCAUCACGGUCUCCUACAAAUAUAGUUGACAGUCAUGAAGAUAAUUCAAAUGAGGUAAAAUUAUCCCCGACAUUAUCAUCCCCAGUAGUGUCAGAUGAGACAGUAAAAGCAAGUACGUAUGCAGAAGACUACAGAGAUACCAUUGAAAGUACGGUGUCCAUACCAGAUACUACAACGCAAGACCAGCCUGCAACAGACGACAAAAAACAAAAAGAACAAAGCGACGAAAGGCGUUCAUCUUUAUCAAUAUCAGUACCGAGUCGAAAAGGCAGCUCGGCUUACCAAACGGAUGAUGAUAGGAAUAAAGAUAAGUCAGAAACACCUUUAUUGUCUCCGUCAUCACAGUCUCGUACGAGUAUAGCUGACAGUCAUAAAGAUAAAUCAAAAGAUAUAAAAUUAUCUCCAAUAUUACCAUCUUCAGCAGUGUCAGGCGAGAAUGUAAAAGCAAAUAUGCAUGCAGAAGACCGCAGAGAUACCAUUGAAAGUACGGUAUCACUACCAGAUACUACAACUGAACACGAAACUUCAACAGCCGACGAAAAAGAGAGAGAACAAUACGACGAAAGGCGUGUAUCUUUAUCAACAUCAGUACCUAGUCGAAAAGGCAGCUCGGCUUACCAAACGGAUGAUCUUGGAGGUAUAGAAAAAUCAGAAGUGCCUUUAGUGUCUCCGUCAUCGCGGUCCCAUACAAGUGAAGCUGACAGUCGUGAGGAUGAAUUAAAAGAUAUAGAAUUAUCGCCAACAUUACCAUCUUCAGCAAUGUCAGCUGAGACUGCGAAAACAAGUAUGCAUGCAAAAGACCAUAAAGAUACCAUUGAAAGUACAGUGUCCAUACCAGAUACAGCAACUCAAGACGAACCUGCAACAGACGAUAAAAAACAGAAAGAACAAAGCGACGACAGGCGUUCAUCUUUAUCAGCGGCAGUACUGAGUCGAAAAGACAGUUCGGCUUACCAAAUGGAUGAUCGUAGGGAUAUAGAUAAGUCAGAAACACCUUUAUUGCCUCCGUCAUUACAGUCUCGUACGAGUAUAGCUGACAGUCAUGAAGAUAAGUCAAAAGAUAUAAAAUUAUCCCCAACAUUACCAUCUUCACCAGUGUCAGGUGAGACUAUGAAAGCAAGUAUGCAGGCAAAAGAAAGCAGAGAAACCAUUGAAAGUACGGUAUCAAUACCAGAUACUACAACUGAACACGAAACUUCAACAGCCGACGAAAAAGAGAGAGAACAAUACGACGAAAGGCGUGUAUCUUUAUCAACAUCAGUACCUAGUCGAAAAGGCAGCUCGGCUUACCAAACGGAUGAUCUUGGAGGUAUAGAAAAAUCAGAUGUGCCUUUAGUGUCUCCGUCAUCGCGGUCCCAUACAAGUGAAGCUGACAGUCCUGAGGAUGAAUUAAAAGAUAUAGAAUUAUCGCCAACAUUACCAUCUUCAGCAAUGUCAGCUGAGACUGUGAAAGCAAGUAUGCAUGCAAAAGACCAUAAAGAUACCAUUGAAAGUACAGUGUCCAUACCAGAUACAGCAACUCAAGACGAACCUGCAACAGACGAUAAAAAACAGAAAGAACAAAGCGACGACAGGCGUUCAUCUUUAUCAACGGCAGUACUGAGUCGAAAAGACAGUUCGGCUUACCAAAUGGAUGAUCGUAGGGAUAUAGAUAAGUCAGAAACACCUUUAUUGUCUCCGUCAUUACAGUCUCGGACGAGUAUAGCUGACAGUCAUGAAGAUAAGUCAAAAGAUAUAAAAUUAUCCCCAACAUUACCAUCUUCACCAGUGUCAGGUGAGACUAUGAAAGCAAGUAUGCAGGCAAAAGAAAGCAGAGAAACCAUUGAAAGUACGGUAUCAAUACCAGAUACUACAACUGAACACGAACCUUCAACAGCCCACAAAAAAGAGAGAGAACAAUACGACGAAAGGCGUGUAUCUUUAUCAACAUCAGUACCUAGUCGAAAAAGCAGCUUAACUUACCAAACGGAUGAUCUUGGAGAUUCAGAGAAAUCAAAAACACUUCCAUUAUCUCCUUUAUCACUGUCGCAUACAAGUAUAGCUGACAGUCAUGAAGUUGAAUCAAAAGAUAUAAAAGUAUCCCCAACAUUACCAUCUCCAGUGGUAGCAGGUGAUACUGUAAAAGCAAGUAUGCAUGCAGAAGACCACAGAGAUACCAUUGAAAGUACGGUGUCAAUACCAGAUACUACAACUCAAGACGGAACUUCAACAGACGAUAAAAAAAAGGGAGAACAAUACGACGAAAGGCGUUCAUCUUUAUCAACAUUAGUACAUAGUCGAAAAGGCAGCUCGGCUCACCAAACGGAUGAUCUUGAGGAUACAGAAAAAUCAGCAAUGCCUUUAUUGUCUUCGUCAUCACGGUCUCGUACGAGUAUAGGUGAUAGCCAUGAAGAUCAAUCGAAAGACAUAAAAUUAUCCCCAACAUUACCAUCGUCACCAGUGUCAGGUGAGUCUGUGAAAGCAAAUAAACAGGCAGAUGAUCGCAGAGAUACCAUUGAAAGUACGGUAUCACUACCAGAUACUAAAUCUGAACACGAAACUUCAACAGCCGACGAAAAAGAGAAAGAACAAUCUGACGAAUGGUGUUUAUCUUUAUCAACAUCAGUACGCAGUCGGAAAGGUAGUUCGACUUACCAAACGGAUGAUCUUGGAGGUAUAGAAAAAUCCGAAGUGCCUUUAUUAUUUCCGUCAUCAAGGUCCCAUACAAGUGAAGCGGGCAGUCAUGAAGAUAAAUCAAAAGAUAUAAAAUUAUCCCCAUCAUCGCCAUCUUCAGCAGUGUCAGGUGAGACUGUCAAAGCAAGUACACAUACAGAAGAUCAAAAAGUUACCACUAAAAGUACGGUUUCCAUACCAGAUACGACUCAAGACGAACCUGCAACAGACGACAAAAAACAGAAAAAACAGAUCGACGAAAGGCGUUCAUCUUUAUCAACAUCAGUAUCUAGUCGAAGAGGCAGUGCAAUUUACCAAACGGAUGAUCUUGGAGCUAUAGAAAAAUCAGAGGUGCCUUUAUUAUCUUCGUCAUCAAGGUCCCAUACGAGUGAAGCUGACAGUCAUGGGGAUGAAUUAAAAGAUAUAAAAUUAUCUCCAACAUUACCAUUUUCAGCAGUGUCAGGUGAGACUGUGAAUGCAAGUAUGCAUGCAGAAGACCACAAAGAUACCAUUGAAAGUACGGCGUCCAUACCAGAUACAACAACUCAAGACGAACCUGCAAAAGACGACAAGAAACAGAAAGAAGAAAUCGACGAAAGGCGUUCAUCUUUAUCAACAUCAGUAUCUAGUCGAAGAGGCAGUGCAAUUUACCAAACGGAUGAUCUUGGAGCUAUAGAAAAAUCAGAAGUGCCUUUAUUAUCUCCAUUAUCACGGUCACAUACGAGUAUAACUGACAGUCAUGAAGAUGAAUCAAAAGACAUAAAAUUAUCCCCGACAUUAUCAUCUUCAGUAGUAUCAGAUGAAGUUGUAAAGUUAGGUAAAUGUAUAGAAGAUCAUCGAAGUGCUAUGGAAACUUCAGUGUCAAUCCAAGAAAUAACAACGCAACACGAAACUCGAAAAGACAGUUUACAAGAAACAGAACAAUGCGAUAAGAGGCGUUCAUCAUUAUCAACUUUAGUAACUAGUCGAAAAGAUAGUUUAACAGACCAAACUGACGAUCUCGGGGAAGUAGAGAAAUCAGAAACACUCCCAUCGUCUCCGUCAACACGGUAUUAUACGAGUAUUGCUGAUAGUAAUGACGAAAAAUCAAAAAGUGUUGAAUCAAUCGAGACAUUACAAAGUACAGUACCAUCAGAUGAGAUAGUCAUGCCGAGUAUACAUACCGAAGAUCGCAAUGAGGCAAUAAAAAUGGUACCGGACCAAAAUACUACGACCCAGCAUGAAACUUCAGAAAAUGAUGGGAGAGAUGGUGAACAAUACAAGGAGCUUAAAUCGUCGCAAUCUUCAAUAUCUAGUAACGAAGAAAGUCUCAUUAACCAAAUAAACAACCGUGUCAGUGACGCUGAACCAGCGAUUCUUUCCACAUCCAUUUUAUCAAUAUCUGAGACAGAAUCAGCUGACAAAAGUAAAGAUAGACAGAAAAAUAUAAAAUUAUACUCAACACUAGAAUCACUAGUAGUGCCAUCUGAGAUAGAAAUCCCAAUUCAAAAAAAAGAAGAUUCAAAGGAUGAUAGCAAAACUGUAAAAGCUCAACAAGAUACUGCAUUAUCACAGAAAGAAAGUUCAUCAAUUAAUGAAGAAAAAGAUCAAUGCAUUAAAAGAGUUACAUCUCCAGCAUUUUCAGUAUCAAGUGAAACAAAAUCUCCAAUAUUGUCGCAAGAAACUACGAGUAUGAAUAAACAUACAGAAGAUGGUAAAGAUUCUACUAAAACUGCCGUGUUAUCACCAGAUACCGUAAUUCAGACAGAGAUCUUAACAACUAAUGAAAAUGAGAAGCAACGAUCUGAUAGCGACCUUAUAUCUCCAACAUUUUCAGUAUGUGGUGAAAACGACAUUUCACCAGAUGAUGUUGGUGCAAGUGAAACAUCUAAAAAACCUUUAUUAUCGCCGUCACAACAAUAUGAUACUGAUAUAGCCGACAGUGAUAAAGAAGGGUCGAAAAUAGUAGAACCAUCUCCGGAAUCAAAAUCGUCGGUUCCGUCUGAUGAGACAAUAAAAGGAAGUAUGCAUGGUGAAGAUCAAAAAGAUGCUACUGAAAGUACAGUGUCACUGCAAGACACCACAAGUCAACACGAAACAUUGAAAGAUAUAGAAAGUCGACACAGUAUGGAGCGUCAAUCGUUAUUAUCAUUAGUAUCUGAUGAAAAGGAUAGAUUAGUCAAUCAGCCUAACGAAAUUGAUGAUACAGAGAAAUCAAAAACACUUUCAUUAUCUCAUUCAUCACGGUCUCCUACAAAUAUAGUUGACAGUCAUGAAGAUAAUUCAAAUGAGGUAAAAUUAUCCCCGACAUUAUCAUCCCCAGUAGUGUCAGAUGAGACAGUAAAAGCAAGUAUGUAUGCAGAAGACCACAGAGAUACCAUUGAAAGUACGGUGUCCAUAUCAGAUACUACAACUCAAGACCAGCCUGCAACAGACGACAAAAAACAAAAAGAACAAAGCGACGAAAAGCGUUCAUCUUUAUCAAUAUCAGUACCGAGUCGAAAAGGCAGCUCGGCUCACCAAACGGAUGAUCUUGAAGAUAUAGAAAGAUCAGAAAGUUUUUCAGUAUUGACGUUGCACUCUGGAGAGUUGUCAGAUGGGACAAAAAGCAUCGGUCAAGUUAUAGAAAGUAAAAAAGAUGCUAUUGACUCUAUCGAGUCACAAAAAAGUCUUACAAGUGAAAGGAAAAGCUUAGCAAAUGAUAAAAACGAGGUAGAAAAAUACGAGACGGAACUGACAUCUCGAUCACCUAUAUUAUCCAGUGAUAAAAAAAGUUUAACCAAUCAAAUAGAUGAUUCCGCAUCAGAAGCUCUUCUAACAUCUACGUUACUAAGUAGUAGUGCCAUUGAACCCGGUGAUCACAGUGAUGAAUCAAAAGAUGUAAAAUUAUUUUCAAGCUUAACAUCUUCAGUAUUUCCGGAUAGAACUCAAAACUUAAGUCAGCAAAUCGAAGAUAAAAAAGAUAAUUUAACAAAUAUAUUGUUGUCACAAACUACUACUUUAACUGAAAAAGAAUUUGAAAAAAGUAGUAUAGAUACUGAGGAACACAAUUAUGAGAAUUCGACUACUCCAACAUCUAAUAAAAAAGAUAUUUCUCCGGAUCCAACUUUAGAAAAUAAAAUGAAAAGUCAAACCAGUGAUAUCAAAACAGGCAUUAAAGAUGGUACCGAUAACUUAUCAGAGCAAAAUAUGCCUAGACCCUUAGAAUUGACUCUAUCAAACAUAAAAGAUAUUGUAGUUGAGUCAAUGAUUCAAGAAUCUAUUAAACUUGAUAAAAAAGAAAGUUUAGUCGAUGAUUUAGAAAAUGCCCAGGACAAUGUCGGAAGUUUGACUUCAACUACACCGUCAUCAGUUCAAAAAGAAAUUUCAUCUUUUUCAAUAGAAGAAGAUAGUAAGAUUUCUAGUCCUCAAGAAAUCGAAAAUCUUUCGAAGGUAGGUUUAUCAAAAACGACAAUUGCAGAUGAUAUCCAGUCUUCAGAACAGCAAGAAAAAAAAGAUGGAAAGUCUCUAUUAAAUCAAGAUAAGCUUAGAUGUUCACAUGAUGAUGAAUAUGGAAUUCCUAUGUCUAGUGAAACAAAUAAUUUGAAAGAUAUUCAUGAAAAAUCGGCAAGUCAAAGUCAUCAAAAUAUCGAGCUUGACAGAUCUGAUGAUGAAUCAGAGGCCAUGUCGAUAAAGAAAAAAGAUAUUGAAAAGUAUAUAAUAAGUGAGUAUGUAGAAAGACGUAAAAUAAUAAUGAGUGAAGUCCUUGAAGAAAUAAUGAAUCUUUAUGAUGUGUCAAAGGACAUUGUCAUUGAAAUAAUUGAAGCAAUUUGUUAUAAAAAAAAUAUCGACAAGAAAUCUAUUUUUGAUGAUGGUGAGAACAUGAAGUUUGACAUUAGUUAUCGAAUAGCAAAGAGAGACAUCCAAUCAAGUACAUUACCUAUGGAUAAAAAAUUAGAUAUAGAAAAUUAUAUCAUAAGCGAAUAUAUUAAACCACAGAAAAAGAUAACCUUAGAAAUAAUUCAAGAAAUAUCUACAACAAAAGGAGUAUCAAAUAAUGAUAUUCUCGCAAUAGUUGAGAAUCUUAUUGCAGAACAAAAAUUAGAAAAAGAAUUUUUAAUUGAUUUUGUAGAGAAAGACGAAAGCAGUUAUGAGGAAAAACUUUCAGAGCACUUAUCUGGUAAGUCAACACCUGAAUGUAAGUCUUUUGAAUGCUUAACGUCACAAGCUUUAGUCGAUGAUGAUAAAUAUGAAAGUCAAUUCCAAAAAUCUUUUCCUAGUGACUUAACAGAAAUGCGCACAACUCAUAUAACUACUCUUAUUCAUAAAUCAUCUUCUGGUUCAAGCACUCAAAUAGAUCCUUCUGACUCUUUUUCAAGAUCACUAGUAACAGACUUGGACAUAAAAAAUACUGAAAAGUGCUUUAUUAAUGGAGGUAAAAUAAUAGUAGAAGCAACGACUAUCGAACAUAAAUCUGAGCCGGUAGAAAUGAUCUAUGACAAUAGCUUGAAAGAACAAAAUGUAAUAGUUAAAGAGGAAAUUUCUAUUAUUAAACCGAUGCCAGAAAAUCAAGCUACUAUUGAUACAACAGACAUAAAAAGUGAUUUCAUUAAACAAGAACAAAAACAUGAAGAAGAAAAAAAAACUUUUGAUUCGAAUAAAGAAUCUGAGUUAAAAAAAGAAGAAAUACAUGAUGAAAUAAAACAAAAAGAAUCCAAAGAUAUAGCGCAAAGUUAUAAGCACCAUUUAGGUAUGCUGAUAUCUGGAGAGAAAUCUGGAAGAUCAACUCCUGAAAAAAAAGAUGGGCUGGAAAAUCGUUCUAGAACGUCAACACCAGAAGGUUUUCGUUCUGAGGAAGUUAUAAAAACCACUAUCACAACUACUCGGACAAUUUCUGAUGAAGGAGAAAUUAUAACAACUACCAAAGAAGUAACAGAAACAACAAAUGAACACGGUGAGGUUAUUGUUUUAGCAGAAAAAGUAGAUGUUACUGUAGCAGAUCAAGGGCCAGUUGAAUCCGUACAACCACUAGAUCUUCAAAAAUCAAGUACUUCUUGCUCAGAUGUAACAAGUCAUGAUCAAACUGUAACUGAUGUUUCGCAUAAAACUGAAGAAAAACAACUUGACUCUGAAAAUAAAACACCUGGUUCUCCAACGUCAAUCACAUCUCAAGUUUAUCACUUUGAAAUACAGAGUAAACCUGCUGAAUUUUCUACUGCUGACAUGAGUAGUAGCUUUUAUGGGCAUUUACCAUCCAUACCACCAUCUAGUCACGAAGAUUCGUCGAUUAAACUGGUUAGUUCUAAUGAAACAGGUGAUUUUACAUUCAAAAAACUAACUGAAUCUGACAGUCGAAAUGGAAAACCGAAUUUAAAGCAAGAUACAGAUGUUGAAAAGUCUAAUGAUGAGUUAGUUAGAACAGACGAAAUUGAUGAAGAGAAAAAGGAUCCUUUGAAGGAUUGGGGCACACCGAUGAAAUUGCCACCACCUGAAAGACCAGAUAGAUUCAAUUUCCGAAAUAGUGCACUACAACGUGGUGCUAAUAUUUCGUUGAAUUCUCCCGAGUUUGACUUAUUCCACGAUUGGGGUAAACCCAUGGAAUUACCUUCACCUGCGCCAGUUUCCAACGAAUCAUCUGAUAAAACUUUAUCAUCGACACCUAAAAAAGAUGUUAAACAGCCCAAAAAAAUAAUUUCAGAUAGUUUGAAAAAUAAAAAACGUUCAGAAAGUCCCAGUAAAAGUAACAAAAAAUCUAAAGAAGUAAAGAAUAAAAUUCAACCGGUUUAUUUAGAUUUGACUUUUGUUCCUCAUCAUGGAAAUUCUUACUACACAUCAUUAGAAUUUUUCAAACGCAUAAGGGCAAGAUACUACGUUUUCAGUGGAACGGAACCAAGCCGUGAGGUAUACGAUGCUUUGCUAAACGCUAAGAAAACUUGGGAAAACAAGGAUCUCGAAGUGACGAUAAUUCCAACUUACGAUACUGAUACACUAGGAUAUUGGGUAGCAGAUAAUGAAGAAGCACUAGCAGAAAAUCAUAUUGAUCUUUCUCCAUCUGCUUCACGUUGUACAAUUAAUCUUCAGGAUCAUGAAACAAGCUGUAGCGCUUAUCGGCUUGAAUUUUAGAAUUCGACAAUAUAAAAGGUCAUACUAGUCAAAAGUUAAGUUAUCAUAACUGAUAUUUUAUAAAUUUAUUCGAUAUUUUCUAUCAUAAUCGUCAUUUAUAAUUAUUUAAAGAUUUUUAAAUAACUUUUUUUAAUAAAAAUUAUUUUAGCCACUUAAAUAACUAUUCAACAUUAUGUUAGGUUUAUGUAAUGUAAAUAUCAAUAUAUGUUGUAAUAGCAUUGAGUGCAUAGAUCUGUGAUCUAGAUUUGUGAUAAAUUCCGAGCAAAAUGAAAAAAAUGAAAUUUAAGAAAAAUUAUAUGAAUCGGCAUUUAUAAUCGCAGCUUUACGUGUUAUCCAAUUUCAAUAACAAUUAUUAACUUAUUUAUGACUUACUGAAAUAUUUUGAUUUUUAAAAAAUAAUUUGCUUCUUUUAAGAAUAAAAAUUAUAUUAGAUUUUCAAAUAAAAAUCAAGCUUUAAUUAUUUUACAAUAUUCACAACUACUCUAUGAUUAUAAGCUAACCAGAAGAAAUAAGACCGACAAGAGGGAGCGAAGAGACGAAGCUAAAUUUUAUAAUUUACAGUGUUAGUAUUCAAGUAUAUGGAGCAUUCCAUAAUAAACCAAUGUUUUUAAUUUUAUAUUUUGGAAUUACACUCAGUUUUUUUGUCAUAUUUUUGUAUGUGAUAAAAAUAGCUUUUAAGUAUUUUAUUAGAAUUUUAUUUUAAGUUGUACGUAAAAUAUAGUUUUGAAAAUGAAUUUUUCAAUGCCUCAAAAUAAAAAUGUGUUACUGGAGAACUCCUCUAGUCUCGACUUAAUUAAUUUUUAAAAGUACUGCUAACUACAUCCCUUAGUUAGUUAAUUUUUUUACAUCUACAAUCCUGUAAUUUGAAACAUUAUUCGUGAGUUGUUAUAACUCCCGAUUUCAUUCAGUCCAAUGGCACCGGACGAGACUAGAUGAGCUCUAC